AUGGCGGCAUCACAGCCUUUCGGUCGCCGCCCGUCUGGCUCGUUUCCGUCGGAUUUCCCGGUAGGCACUGAUCCUCGCCUUGGCGGUGCUCACGCCUAUGCUCCCCACCACGACCACCCGUUUCCUCCUCAGCCCUCAGACGCUGCGUCCAAUAACUACCAGUACACGUCGGGUCGAGCACCUUUUGACCAUCAACUCCCUUUUGAUGGUGCCAGUGGCGCGAACGUCCCGUCGUGGUUCUAUGGUGCUGCUCAGGCGCCGCCCUCUUCGCAAGGCAUCGGCGAGCCUGGCCUUCCUUACCAUCUCGAUGCAUACGCACAACAUGCGUCGACAGCCGCACCCAACCAUAUCGCGGGUGCGCCCCUCUCAAUGACCGCAACUGCCCAUCCUCCCACCUCUUCUUCGGGACCUGCGACCGCUGACUUUACUCCCAAGACAGCACUGCUCAGCUCGGUAGAGGCGGCUCCCUUCGCUGUCGGACCGCCUGGACAUGCCCCUACACCCUCCCUCUCCAACACCUCGCACCCUCUGUUGGCAGCAGCAGCAAUUGCAGCAACGGUCCCUCGUCCUCUCGAUAACAGGCGAGCCAGCGAUGAGAGCGCUCACCCAGCUUCCGCAGGUCUCUCGCUGUCCGAAGCUGGAUCGUCGGUCGCCAAUGGACGCAUUCGCUCUGCUCCAGAGUCGGCAGGCUUCAACGGCUCCGUCUCGCCCAACUCGUCCGCACGCAUGUCUCGUAGCCCUGAAGACAUGAACGCACCUCUGUCUUACCACGCGUACGCCACUGCAACAGUGCCUUCUCUCGGUGGCAUGGCCCUGGGCGCGCCAAACGCUUCUGCGUCGAUGAUGGAGUCGAUCGACUCUUGGCUCGCUCCUGUCACGUCUGCACCCCUGGGCGCCGGUUCGUCCUCUUCACACCUUGCUACCCUCGCCACAGCGAUGAGCACCGCAAAGGCGCCUUCCAAAUCUAAACGCAACAUCUCGCCCACAGAGGCUUCUUCAGCGGACGAUGCACAACCUGCUUCGCAUCUCGCUGCCGAUGCUUCCUUCCAUCCCGGCUCGUCGAUGAGCAGCUCGGACGCGCUCGCCGGAGCACCCUUCAAGACGAGCAGCGAGAGGCGCGAGCGUAACAAGGCGUCGCAACGCGAGUCUCGCAAGCGCAAGCAGGAUCGACUCGAGACGCUCGAGAGCGAGAACGCCACGCUGCGAAAGGCCUUGGCUGAUAUGAAGAAGUUCAGCCAGGCGAUUUCCAACGGCGCCGGCAUUCGUGGGGAGGAUGGUGCCGAGGUUGCGCCCGUACAGCUGACCAAGUUCACGGGCGCUUUCCACCUAGACCUGAUCGAGUCGCAUCUGGAUGACGAGUCGCAAGAGGCAGAGUGGAAGGGCAUGAUCGGACAUCGAUUCCCCGCUCCUACUUCGCAAGCCAAGAAAUGGGACGGCGCCUUCCCUUCCGUCGCUGCGACCACGUCGCAUUCGGAUGAGGCUGACGACGAGGAAGACGAGGAGGACACGGCCCAGGCCAGUGCAGUCAAAGGCGAAGGUGACAGCACGGCCAAGGACAAGGGAAAGGCAACUGCCGAUUCGUCCCAAUACGCAUCGCACCAAGUCAAGAAGGCAAUGUGGGAAAUCUCACUCAACCAGAAGCGCCACAAGGCGGCUCAGAGCUUCCCCUCGAUGGUCGCCGUACCCGAGCUUGUCCUGUACAAGGUGUGUCGUCUUUACUUUAGCACGCUGCUCCCCUUCACCACCAAGCUCAAGUCGGGCAUCAUCAACCUACGCGCUGCACGCGAGACGCCAAGCUUCGCCGAUGGCUUUGACGAUCUGCCUCGUUUCCCUGGCGACCCUGCAUUCGGCGGUUCGGACCUCUACCUGCCCAAGAACUUGAUGCCCACCGAAAUGCAGAUGCGAAUCGGUUUCCAUCCGGUCGAGAUCGCCGUACUGCCUUACCCAGCGAUGCGCGACCGCAUCCUCACCAUCCUCAGCGCUUUCCACGCGAUCGAGGAGCUUGCACAAGAGGAAGAAGAUGCUGCUGCAAGGUUCAGCGAGGACGCAAGCGGUGGCGCUUUGCCUUCGGGCGAUGCAAGCACGCAGGCGGACCAGACCAACACGGAGCUGAACGACGCAGACAUUCGCAAGCGUACCGCUCUGGUCGCCGACAUGUCUGCUUGGAAGCCCAAAGACUACAACGGUGCUGUGGUGAUGCCAGACAAGAGUCGAGUGUACACUUAUGGCUUCCUGGAAAAGCCACGCGGUUCACAUCGCCUGCGCAAGCCUGCCCAGCGCUGGCUGGACGAGUUCUUCUACGAGGUCGUGCGGACGCUGCGAGUGUGGUCGCCGGCUGGCGACGUCUUUGAUGGCGAAUGUUUCGAGUUCAAGGAGAGUUUCUUCCGCAAGUAUCCGUACAUGGUGGAUGGCGAGAUUCUUCGAGCCACCAACAGAUGGAGGAGAGCGCGCGGCGAAGACCCCAUUCGCCUCUGA